AUGAAUGCUUUGCGCAGGAGCAUUUUAACCGAGAGACAACUGGUCGGUCGUCGUUUCGGGAAGCGUCAAGGCGAGCCCAUUCUGUUCGGUCGUCGUUUCGGGAAGCGUCAAGGCGAGCGUCUUCUGUUCGGUCGUCGACUGGGGAAGCGUCAAGGCGAUCGUCUUCUGUUCGGUCGUCGACUGGGGAAGCGUCAAGGCGAGCGUCUUCUGGUUGGUCGUCGUUUCGGGAAGCGUCAAGGCGAUCGUCUUCUGUUCGGUCGUCGACUGGGGAAGCGUCAAGGCGAGCGUCUUCUGGUCGGUCGUCGACUGGGGAAGCGUCAAGGCGAGCGUCUUCUGAUCGAUCGUCGACUGGGGAAGCGUCAAGGCGAGCGUCUUCUGUUCGGUCGUCGACUGGGGAAGCGUCAAGGCGAGCGUCUUCUGGUCGGUCGUCGUUUCGGGAAGCGUCAAGGCGAUCGUCUUCUGUUCGAUCGUCGACUGGGGAAGCGUCAAGGCGAGCGUCUUCUGUUCGAUCGUCGACUGAGGAAGCGUCAAGGCGAGCGUCUUCUGGUCGGUCGUCGACUGGGGAAGCGUCAAGGCGAGCGUCUUCUGGUCGGUCGUCGACUGGGGAAGCAUCAAGGCGAGCGUCUUCUGGUCGGUCGUCGUUUGAGAAGCGUCUAG